AUGCCACAAACUAUAAGGUCUAUACUCGGCAAGCCUGGUCGAAUUGCCAAACCUCUAAAGACAUCGCCGCCCUCUCGUAACCGUUCUGACUCAACUCCGCGAAGACCGACCUCCAAGUCCAAGCAUCAAGACAAUGAUCUGUUCCAUGAUAAACUCAACGACAUUGGCCUAACCAAGGUUUUGGAGGAAGAACUUACCUUACGAGAUGUCGUCCAAGCGAUGCGAUACAUCCGUGCUCGGAUGUUCAGUCCCGUGCCUCAAACAGGUUUCAACUCAACACGAACUGCUGACAUUCUUAACUACCGCGCGACUACGGCACCUCUCGUUACCGUAGGCCAUCUCAAUGCCAUUCUCAGUUCACCAGGAAAAGUUGAACGGGAACUUGCAGAAUUAGCGAUAAAUGGCAUAGUGCGCAGAGUGAGAGUUGAGAGACGUGGAGGAGGAGGUGAAGCCUUGAUAGAGAUGACGGACUACAAUGAGAUGCUAGGAAAAGCAUCACUGCAUGAAGAGACGAGGAAAUCAUUCAGGGCCUUUCUGAAAGAGAACCCAACUACGCAGAUACUGUAUAAGGGUGCACUGGAAAACACACAGGCCGACGAGCUUGUUCGUGCAGGCUUUCUCACAAGCUCAACACCGUCAACGCCAGAAAGUACUCUCGAUAUUCGGCCAGAGAACAGAACGACGCUGACGUCAAUUCACCAUGUCUCACGCUUUGCAUCAGGCACAGCCUCUGCUGUUGGCGGCCAAAAUGCUAUUCAUCUUGCUGGGGGCGGUGGAGGCGCUCCAACACUUACACGCUCAGCCUCAACACCAUCUGGCCUCAGAAUAUCAGUCCCAGGUCAUGGCCGACAUCUGAAGCUGGCGACCGCUACCGUGGACUGGGUUCGAGAUUCCCUACGGCGAACACGUUGGGGAGAAGGGCCAGAGAGCUGGUUAAAGGAGCGCUUUGAAGGCGGUGGGCUCUAUGGACCGCGGUGGAAGGAUUUCUGGGGAGUUGAAUGGUCCUGGGUCUUAGGAGAAGCCAUAGGGCUGGGCGUUGUGGAAGUUUUUGAGACGGGAAGCGUAGGAAGAGGAGUGAGAGCAUUGGGAGGUUGA